AUGACGGAGCUCAUGUCCCACGGCAGCAGCGGAGCCGCAGCUCCUGAGUCAUCUCUUGUUCUUCCGUUACCCUCCUCCGUCGCCCAUGCGGCCCCAGCUGGCCCCAUAGCUGGCGCACGUCGUCGACCAAGCGAUGGUGCAGUCGCGGCUGGCGAUGGCCUCGCUGAUGGGGCACCAGUGUCAGGUAGCGGUGGCGCCACACGCCAGUCGGUGACUCCGCCUGAACCGGCUGCGUCGACCGACACGCAACCCUUUCUUCGGCAGCGCCGCCUGCCUUCCAUCCUUCUGGACACCUGGGAGUUCCGCAAGCUGGCCGCGGAGGGGUCAGUGCUCGCGAACGCCAUGGUCUCGUACGACGUCGACGGCGACGGACUUGAGGAGGUGAUUCUGGGCACGACGGAGGGCCUGCUCUGUGUUGUGAAGCCGGACUGCCGGGAGCCGCUCUUCCUACGUGUCCUCGCGGCGACCAUCUCUGUGGUGCUUUACGCACCCAUCCAGAGCCGCCUCGUCCUCAUUACCCUUGAAGGCCACUGCGAGGUCAUAGACCACUUUCUGAAGCUAACUCAGCAGCCGCAACAGCGGGCAGGCAGUGAGCCCGCCAGCAUGAGCACGGCCUCGCCAGCCGAUGGUGGGGACGGGGGCGCUGCAAGCGCGGGGGGACAGCCGUAUCAGCAAGCCGACAGCGCCAACUCACUACCGCUGACUUCAGCGUCUCUCAACGGCGGUAAUCGGUCCGCUGGUGGUGCUCGCGGCAGCGGUGCUACCGCCUCUUCGCACUCCACAGGCAGGCCCCCGAGUGCUGAAGCCGCCAUGCCCACUAAAGUCUUUCACAUACCGUCCAACUGCCUCUGCGCCGACCUUUCGCCGGAAAGAGGCGCCGACCUUGUCUUCCUCGGCUCUUACGAUCGACGGUUUUACGUGUACUCCAUCAUCAAUGGAUCGUGUCUGCUUUCCCUGUUCCUGCACGACCCCAUUACCUCAGUGAAGGCGUUCACUAUUCCGACGUCCACGGCAGACGCUCACUUGGCCACGACCUCGUCGCACAUCCCCGUCUACAACAAACGAGCCUCUACUCAGGCUAGCAGAUGCGGGAGAAGUAGUGGGUCACGAAGAACACGCGCUAGCAGCAGCGACGGCAGUGGUGCCCUUGGGCUGCCGGACGACUCCCCACAAGAAGUGGAAACAAUGCCUGACAGGCUGACAAAGGCGUCUGCGUCAUCUAGCAUUCCGCUGGUGUUCGCCUCGACCCCGACGCAUCUCAUCCUCCUCCCUGGCGGACUGAGCGAUAUCCAGCGAUGGCGCAAGCUGCAGCCCAAGUCAGCGCACUUCCCCUUGGCGGUGCAGCUCCAUAGCGACUAUCCAGCACCGACAGUGCACCCCUCACAGCAGUCGCAGCCGCCGCAAACACAGCACGAACACACUGGCCGGCAUUCCUCACUCGACAGCGGCGGAGCAACAAAUGUGAGAGCAACGUUGUGGACACCGGCGGCUGUGCGUCACCGCAGUGACGAUGACCAUCCGCUUGAAGGCGAGAGCACCGUGCCGCACCCCAUGGCAGGCACGCCGCUGACUAGCUCUCCUGCUCUGCGCCCACCUCUGUCGAUGCCUGCAGACGCCGGCCUCGGAGGCGGUCUGGAAGGUGCUACUUCCGGAGGGCAGGCCUCGAGUCACCCAAGGCGACGUGGUGGCGCCACGACAGAGCACUGGCGCGACAGCGCUGGUGUGCUGACGGGGGGUGCGCAGCACAACUCCGGUGCUUCAGUGUCAGUCGCAACGGUGCCGGCACCAGUAGCGGCUGGGGUGGCCGCUGGGGUGUCACUCAGCAGAAGUCAGCUGCGCCGCCAGGCCAGCAGGCGUGCCAUCCAAGCGGCGGAGAUGGGUCUGCCAGUUCUUGUGAAGCCUCUGUGGGCACUGCGCAUUGGAAGCCAUGCACUCGAUGUCCCACUGCUUCAGACGAUGCUGAGCUCCGACGGCGGCAUGGGCGGCGGCUUUGUAUCAGCCGUGGCUACAGCAGGAGGACUGCAGCCUUCUUCGGUUACUGGCGCCAUCGUGCAGGAGGCAUCUGUGGUAACCGCUGCCGGCACCACAUCCUCGCGUCAGUCUUACAGAGGUAGACCAUCCUCCAUCACGCCCGUACACAGCUCUUUGGGUGGCACAAUGGUGGGCCAGCUGGCCAUGAGCUCAUCGGUCUUCUCUGUCAGCCCACCGUCGUCCGUGCUAGCGCUACAUGAGGGCGCCGCCGUCAGCAGCAGCAUCUGCAACAGCGUUGUCCUGCGAAGUGGAACUCUCGCGCCGUCUUCGCUGACAGACUCCGUUGCCGCAUCACCUGAACUUUGGCAUCCCCACGGCAGUGGCCUGAGUCCAGAGGGUGGGGAGGGCACAGUGGAUUCCUACGCCACCCCAACAGUAUCGGCGAUGGGCGUGGAGGCAGAGCAGAUCAUUCGACGAUCAAAUUUGCACAUACAAUUCAAUCCACCUCCCCCGCGACUGUGGCAGGGCACCCCGAACAACAGCAGUGACGACGACAGCCAGGUAGCGGGUGUCCGACGAAGCAGCAGCGGCGACGACGAUGACGAUGCAGUACUGCUGGGCGACGAGGAAGCUUUCAGCUUUGUAGAAGGCGCCGCCCUGGUUAUGAACACAGACGACAUAGCGGACGGGGAGCAGAAGGAAGACGACAUUGGCAACGCGGACUACGGAACGGCAACCGAUGAGGACUUCGGGUUCGACCAGCCAGGUGCCAGUACCUCAAGCGUCUAUAGGAGCGGCAGUGAUGCCAGUGGCCGCAGCUCAAACGGCGAAGUCGAUGAAGUCAUUGCAAAUGGUGGGCACCACAAGCUGACUAGCAGCUUGACGUGUCACACGCGACACCAUCACGGCACCGAUGCUGUCGAACCUCCUCUGCUGGCGCGCAAUCUUCUUCACAAGCGCGCAGAGAGCGCCCCGACGAUGCUGCUGCGCGGAACUAGGAUCGCUAGCGAAGCUCGCAACGGCUGUGGAGGCGGACUGCUGAAAACCGCUACCACAACGGCGGCAGCCGCGCACUUGUCCCUGUUGGACGUGGCAGAGCUGGAUUGCAAACGUUGUGCGCAUCGACUCCAUCGAUCGGCGGCCGAGAGAAGUCGAGGUGAGAGGGGAGGUCGCGGAUCAUCACGUAACCGCCACCCCCAGGCGUCGGCUUCCCGAGAGCACUACGCGCAACAGCACCACUCGGCCUACAUCACAUCGCCUCCCCUGGGCGCUGCCGCAUCACCUCCGCACAGCGCGGAGGUGCGACUGCCCACCUCUGUCGAUGUGUCGGUGGGGGCGUCACAGGUGGCAGUGGCGGUCAGCUGCGAGGAUGGCCUCGCACUGGAGCUGCGCUUUUCAAUUGUGCGCCUCUCAUCCCUCUCACGAAGCGAGCGGCGACUUCCCCGCGGGACAGUUCGGCUAUACGACACGCGGAAGCCGCGGCGCAAGGGUGGAUCGAAGGUGACGUAUAAUAUAUUUUUGCCGACGUCAACGGCAAGAAAAGCGGGGACAGCGGCGGCACUGGCACCACUGACUCAUCGCUCGGGCUCGUCUCUCGCAUCCUCGCAUCAACGGCAAUACAGUCGAAGCUGUCGUCAUGGAUGCAGAGGUGCAGGCGGGGCCCCGCCAACAACUACGCUAAUGAACACCCCUGCAGGCGACAGUGUCGCUAGUGCUAUGGGCGCACUGUUGGCGACUGAUGACACAGGGUGCUCUGCAUCCGCCUCAACGAGCUAUCCUCUAGGGAACACAACUGACGAUCCGGCUAUGGUUGACGCCGACGGUGGGGCCAGCAGAAACAGCUGUGGUGCGUUGGUGCCAUACUAUGGGGAGGAUGCCAUUGUGCUGCGUGCGCAGUGUCUCUGGGCGGCGCGCCUCAGCGAUAGCCCGCUCGUGCAACGUGCUCGCGUGCUCUGCGUUCGUGAUCGGCACCCCGACGAAACAUUUUGCUCGGUGUUUGUGGCUGCGAAUGGUACCUGUUUUGUAGCCAACGGCGGCACCCUGUCCAUUGUGGAGUGCUGCGUCAAUGAGGACUGCAGCUCCUUCACGCUGAUAACUGCGCCAUUCUCCGCGACGCCAACGUUGCCGACGAGGGCAAAUGUGGUGACAAUCCGGGAAGCAGCGGCGAACACGCCAGCUUUGGCCCAAGAUGGGACGGUGAACGGCGCGUCAGCGGCCGCGAUGAGCCUCAAUCUUCUCCGCGGUAUGGUGAGGCACACGGUGUCCUGCGUGUGUGUCAGCGUUGAUGAGCUGUCCGUGUACUCGUUCGGAGAAGCAAACCAGUUGUGGCGACACCCGGACUGCUCUAGCAGCACAUCCGUCCCCCCUGGCACCAACGAGCCAAUCUCGCCUCUCUCACGGUGCUUGCCAAACAAUAGCUGCGCACAUGUGACGGGCACCGUCAAUGCUCCUACUGGUCAAACGGCCCAGGGGAUGGCUGUCACUGCGGCGUGCGCUCUGCCUUCCACGGAUUUUGAGGAAGAAGUGCUGCUGCGUCAGCUCGCCAUGCGACUCCGUCAGCAUGAGCAGCACGCGAGGCCCCCCUCCCACCAUAACAGGGGCAGGGGUGCUGGUGCGGCCUCUGAAGGCGAGCAUGCCGUCGAGAUGGAUGAGGAAGUGGUCAUACGCAUGAAGGAAAUGCUGCUCUACGACUACUCGGAGCAAGAGUGGGAGAAGUUGCAAUGGCUUGAGCAUGCCUCGACGUGA